AUGAGCGCAACCGUAACAUUUGUCGACGACGUGCAGUCGCGCAUGGGCAAGCAGCUGAACAUCACAGAGGAGGAGGAACCUCAGGACAGCGUCUCCCAGUUUCCUUUCCUCAACGGCUACACUCACGCCAUCUACGGCUUCCAGAUCAAAGACGGAACCUCCAGAGACGAGGCCACCAAUACACUCAGAGCCGCCGUCAACAAAGUGAUCGAUCAAGUGCCAUGGCUUGGAUACCAGAUGGUGCAAGUGGUCGGAGGCCCUCCCGGCGUUUUUGAGCCAGGACCUUGGCCAAAAGACGCUGCUCCGAAUGAGAUCAUACGGGUGCAAGAGUGUGAUGACCAAGUUGACACUUUCUCCUCGAUCUUCAGAGGCUACGCUCCGAUCAGCAAACUGCCCGGAAAGCUCUUGACUCCCUGGCCCAGUCUUCCGGCUGCCCAUAGCAUCGAAGGACCAAUUCCCGUCAUGGCGUUGAAGGCCAACUACAUCAAGGGUGGACUGCUCCUGAACUUCAGCUUGCAUCAUAUGGCUGUUGACGCAACGGGCAUUCUGCAAGUGGCCCGCCUCAUAUCUUUGGCAAUGAACGGCGAGGUCUUCCCAGCCGCAGAGCUCGAGCAGGCCAACCGUGACCGUCGUCAAGUUGUGCCUUUGAUCCCACGAGGGGAGCCUGUCAAAGACCAGAACCACAUUCGUCGUCCUCCUGGCUGGACGCCAAACCCACCUGUCUCUCCGCCAAAAUGGUGCUACUUCAAAGUGCAAUUCCCUGCUCUUCGAGCUCUGCGUCAGCAAGGCACUGCUGAGGGAGGGAUGGUCUCAGACAACGACAUUCUCUGCGCCUUCGCCUGGCAGCGUCUCAGUGUUCUACGAAUCGCCCGUGGAGUGGACCCCAACAUCAUGUGCAAGUUCACUCGUGCAGUGGAUGGACGAACAGCGUUGGGUGUUCCGUCCAGCUACAUGGGCCACAUGAUCCAUCACUCGAGUGCACGUCUUACCAUCGGCGAGGUUGCCAACUUCUCCCUUCCCAAGGUCGCUCAGGCUCUUCGCCGAGAGCUGAACAGCGUCAACAACGCAUGGACAUUCCGCAGCUACGCCACCUUUUGCGCUCGCGAGCCGGACAAAUCGAAGCUUGCUUUCGGUGGCCUGCGAGACGUCAACUACGACCUGGGUGCCACAUCUGCUCAAGGCGGUGCAAUGGAUGAGACAAGAGGAGAGGAGGAGAAGUUUGGCCUUCUCGGACCAUGCAAGUUCAUCCGCCGGCCUGAGGUUGCUGCUAUUCCCGGGACGAUCACUGUCACGCCUGCAGAGGGUGGGGCGCUGCCGUUGGUUGUUUGCUUACCUGAAGUGGAUUUGGAAGGUCUGAAGAAGGAUGUGGAGUGGAAGCGAUAUACCAAGUAUGUUGGAUGA